CACACACACACACACACACACACACACACACACACACACUGAACUGAAGCAGGUGCAGGAGAGAAACGAGUACUUUGUAGUCAAUAUGGGAGUUCACAGUAAACACUGGGUUCUCCUGGCAGCGGGUUCUACAGGUUGGGAAGACUACAGACAUCAGGCCAAUGUGUGUCACGCUUACCAAGUCAUGCACCAGAAUGGGAUUCCAGAUGAACAGAUUGUAGUGAUGAUGUGUGAUGACAUCGCUGAUCAUAAAGAUAACCCUGAUAAGGGUAAAAUCAUUAAUGUACCAAAUGGACCAAAUGUUUACACUGGGGUUCCAAAGGACUACACUGGAGCGGAUGUUUCAGCUGACAACUUUCUUGCUGCACUGCGUGGAGAUUCAUCUGCUGUCAAGAAAACAGGAGCAAAAAAAGUCAUACAAAGUGGCAGAAACGAUACUGUGUUCAUCUACCUAUCAGACCAUGGACUCAAGGGUUCCUUUAGCUUUCCAAAUUCCACACUUUAUGCAAAAGACCUCAUUGAUACAGUGACAGCAAUGUCAAAGGCAGGCAAAUUUUCAAAGAUGAUGAUUUAUAUAGAAGCGUGUCAUUCUGGAUCAAUGGUGGAGAAGCUGGAUGAGCUGAAUGACAGCAACGUGUAUGCAGUUUCUUCAUGCAGUCCUGAUGAACCCAGCUAUGCUUGUUACUAUGACGAAAGAUUAAAGACUUGUCUUUCUUCUUGUUUCACUGCUCACUGGCUACAACACACCAAGAAAGUAAAACUCAACACAACUUCAUUUGGAGAUCAGUUUUUUUACCUGAAGAAAAGUGUCAGCGAGUCUAAGAGUCAAAAGGGAAAAACACAGACACCAUGUAACUACGGUGACAUGAACAUACGCAAUUUGAUGUUAAGUGAAUUUCUUGGUGAAUCACGCAACUCAUCCCAGACCCUGGAAAGAAAAUAUGAUGAUCUUAUACGAGAGAUUCAGGAGCAGCCUGCAGGAUGUGUUGUGGCCUGAAACAGCGUCUUCCUCCUGUAUCAUGACCAGGGGACGAGACCAGCACAAAGACGCAGUCAUUCAUCCUCAAUGGCAGCUUUUGUGUCCACAGCAGCAGGGAAACAUCUUGAAGCUGGCGGUGAUGUGUGCUGCAUGCCGACCUGCUGGAACUUUUCACACAGAGACGAGAAAAGCACAUGCUGUGCGGCUCGGUGCGAGUCUCCUGUCUCUUACCUGAACACAGUCUCUGUGUAAACUAACAGUUAAAUUAAACUGAACAAACUGAACCUGAACUUUGGGAAAUUUUUCCUCAGAAUAUUAGAGUUUCUUUUUCUUGAUCUGGUUGUAGAAGAGAAAUUAAUCUGGU